CUCUACAUGGUCUCGUUUUAAUAUACCGGAUGAAGGAGGGGGGGCGCCUGAGUUGAUUACCAAUCUUAUGGUUGCGGCAUACUUUGGCCACGCUGCCCUUGUUACACUUUUGCUAGCACAAGGCGCUGACAUCGAGGCAAAAGAUGUCAUCUAUGGCCGGACGCCAUUGAUUUGGGCCUCUUCAAACGGUCACGAACCUGUUGUGAAGCUGCUACUAGAUAAGGGCGCCGACUUUGAAGUGAAGGACAAAGAUUUUGAAAGCACAGCUCUGCUGUGUGCUGCAGCAGCAGGUCAUGGAGCUGUUGUGAGGACAUUGCUUGAGAAUGGCGCUGAUAUUGAGGCGAAAGAUGAGAGCGGUCAGACGUCACUCUCAGUGGCAGCCUGUCGGGGGAAGGAAGCCAUUGUUAAGCUGCUGCUUGAGAAGGGCGCUGAUAUUGAGGCGGAAGAUCAGUUUAAUCAAACGCCACUUAUGAGGGCAGCCUGUCGGGGGAAGGAAGCCAUUGUUAAGCUGCUGCUUAAGAAGGGCGCUGGUAUUGAGGCAAAAAAUGAGUUUAAUGAAACGCCGCUUAUAAUGGCAGCCUCUGAAGGGCAGGAAGCCGUUGUUAAGCUGCUGCUUGAGAAGGGCGCUGACGCCGAAGCGAAAGAUGAGUUUGGGCGAACGCCGCUUACAAUAUCAGCCAUUAGGGGGAAUGAAGCCGUUGUUAAGCUGCUGCUUGAGAAGGGCGCUGACACGGAAGCGAAAGACGAGUUUAACCAAACGCCACUUAUGAAGGCAGCCUAUUGGGGGCGGGAUGCCAUUGUUAAACUGCUGCUUGAGAAGGGCGCUGACGCCGAAGCGAAAGAUGGUGAUGGCCAGACGUCGAUUUUGAUAGCUGAAAGACGCGGGUACCACCCCACUGCCAAGCUCUUCAAAACAUCAAGAUAUUAUUCAAUCUAAAAGAGAAUAUACACAUAUACGUACCCUUUGAAAAAUGACAACUACCUCGAAGAGACGGACAUCUAUAUUUG